GCAUCAGCGAAAUUCCUCGAAGACUUUGAACAAAACAACAGAACCACUCCUGAGGACUUUGAAUGGCCAUUCGUUCCGGCUAGUCGCUCAUUUUGCUUUGGCGUCGAUGUGACACAAUACAAUCUCUCCAGAUGUGUUAUAGUUCAGUUGACGGCGAAACGUCGUGUUAUCACAGGCAAACUUUCAUUAUCGACACAUGAGGACCGAUUUCAGAAUAACGUUGCGUAUUUCUACGGUAAAGAACCAAGACAUCUAAGUGAUGAGCAAAUCAAAAGAUUUGAACAAUACGCAAAAGAAUUGGAGGCGUAUGGAAUCUAUUUGUACGAGAAUGCAAUGCAGAAGCGUGGCAAAACCAUCAGAUCACGACUUACACCAGUGUCCGCUCCACAGAAGCCAACGUCCAUCUGUGACGAGAUUCAUGCUUUCACGCAAUAA